CUGUGCUCUGAAAAUGAAACUAAGAAGGACAAAACUGCAAUUAUCACGGCUUGCCAUAUGCAGAAUGGAGUCUAUAAAUGUGCAUUUAUUUGCCUGAAAGUUCAGUGAGUCUGGAUUUUAACACUAGUCCUGUAGUCUGUGUUUUAACAGGAUUAAAACAACAACAACAUUGAUCUCUCAUGAAUUUAGACAGGAAUCUGAUAUGGACGGCUGCACAGUGAACUAACAGCUAACAGAUAUGGUUCGAAAGUCACGGAGAGUGAAGCUGGAACACACAAGGCAAGGAAAAAAAAGCAGAGAGAAAGCAGAGUUGCAAAAUUUGUAUGCCACGUAUGGGAGACCAGAACAGCGCUGCGAGGAGCACAGAUGGAAACUGGAAUUGUUCUGCCAGGAGGAUGAGGCCUUUAUCUGUACCCUGUGUGUUCCCAGGCAUUCCAGCCACAAUUUGGCAUUUUUACACGAGGUAGUCAAUGUGUAUAAGGACAACAUGAAAACACCUUUAACAACCUUAGAAUCCAAAGCAGAAGAUUUAAAAUAUGUGCAAAACCAUCAGGAAAAGGAAACCCUAAGUAUACAAGAGGAUACAUUUAAUUUGGAACUACACAUUAGUCAAAAAUAUGCAAAACUGCAUCAGUGUCUCAAAGACAUGGAACAGAAACUGAUCCAGCAAUUUAAGGAAGAAAGAGCAAACAUUCUAAAAGAAACUGAAGGAAGUCUUCAGAGUGUUAAACACGAUAUUUCCUUCCCUGUGGUAGUGUCUGGUACCUUGGAGCUCGGGAAUAAGGAAACAAAAGCAGUGACUAUGAAAAAAGUACGAAAUUUUGAAUCCACUGAAAAAGAUUUUAUAGCCACUCAGAAGACUCGUGAGAGUAACUUGGAGCUCAGGCAGCAGGAGUCUGUUCAUAUACUAACCGUCCCAGAAACCUUUGAGGAUGUUGCUGUUGCUUUCUCAGAAGAGGAGUGGAAGUUAUUAAGGAAACAAGAUAAGGAGCUUCACAGGGAAGUGAUGAUACAGAACUACGAAACCUUGGUAUCAGUAGGAUACAAAAUUCCCCAGAAGAAGUUAUUACGACUAUUCAAAGCAGAUGAUGAAUUGCCAAAGGAUGUUUUAAGGAGACUAGGUACAACAGAACAGAAGGAUAAUCUUGGAGGUAACUUCCACAAUAGGAUUAAAGGUUCUGUUCCUUGA